AUGCUGGCCGAUCCCGUGGCUGGGGACGCCAUGAGGGGCAAGGCCCGUCACGCCAUCGCCGAGCAGUCGGCCGCCCGGCAGCACAGUCCCGGCUCGGGCCCGCGCUGCUUCUGGCAGCGCGGGCCCGAGCCGGGCAGGCUCAACGCCGUCGAGGUCGGCGGGGUGCUGUACGAGAUGUCCCUCAAAGCCAUGUCACAGUACCGCGAGCAGCCGGGGCGGAACGAGCCGGGCGUGGCACACAUGCUGCUGGCCCAGCUGGCCGCCGGCCUGUUGAGGGCCCUCUUCGCAGGUGCCUUUGCCGCGGCCAUGCGUGCGCGGCGCAGCGUGUGGUUCCCCAUCUCCCGCUACGCGCCGUCGCAGCGCACGCUGCCGCGCGUGGCCGUGUAUGUCUUCCGCGAGGGUCCCCAGGAGACGCGACCUCAGGGUCCGCUGGGGUUCAGGGGGCUGCCGUUUUACCUGGAGCGGUGCUGCGACCUGGGCGGGUGCUGCCUCCUGCGCCAGCGCUCGGAGCGCUACCUCGCGCUGUCCGCCGUCCGCCUGCGGCUCAACGACUGGAUGCAUGCCGACCUUCGCGCGCGGCUCCCCCGCCUGCCCUUCGACGACUGGUCCGACGGUGGGGUCUCCAGUGGCCCGGAGAGCGACUGGGAUUCGAUCACCACGGACAGCGACCAGGACGGAUGA